AGGGGCUUGACCACUGAAGCUGCACACAGUAGUAUCGAGGCGGUCAUCGGGUGAAAAAGAGAAUCAAUAUUUUUAUCAAGCAGCAAGACGAGGUGAGGGUACCAUGUUUAUGUUGAAGAUCUCUGCCUUCCUUGUCGCUUACGCCACAGUCAUGUGCCAGAUGUACAGCUCAAACGCUGCUCCAGCAAGACCUGGUUCAGAAUCUCUGACAGACAGAUUUGCGCUCAUGGACUACGAAGCACGAAGAUUACUGAGUGCUAUAGUCAAAAACGUAGUGCAGAUGACAGCGGAGGAACUGGAGCAGACGAAUGAUGACAACAGCCAGGGCAGAUUCCUGUCCAAGCGUUGCUCCAAUCUCAGCACCUGUGUGCUGGGAAAACUCUCCCAGGAGCUGCACAAAUUGCAAACUUUCCCGCAGACGGACGUGGGCGCCGGUACACCCGGCAAGAAACGCAGCCUGCUCGAGGGCAAUCAGUUUACAAGCUACGAAGAAACUUUUAACACCAUCUAACCCUAACUGUAUGCUCUACGGUCCCGUUGCAUGUGGAUUCUGCCUGCUUGACUGAUCGCACACAAACGGCUGGUUGCAGUGCUCCUUUUCUUUCUUUCUUUCUUUCUUUCUUUCUUUCUUUCUUUCUUUUGGCAGAGAAAGGCAUGUUAAAAAUCUAGAUAAAAUUUCUUCCGUACAAAAAUUCAGGAAUAGUUUUCUGUGCAUUUUACACAUGCCUCUUGAAUAACUGAAUACAUGUAUUAUAAAAAUAUUGACAAUAAUAAUAAAAAAAGUGUUUAAGUUCAAUAAAGUUAUUUUUUUAUAUCAGGAACUCUUACUUUGUCAAAUUAUUAGCUACGUUAAUUUGAAUUCAUUUUAUAUGCAUGUUAUCAUUGAGUGUCUCUACAAAUAAACAUCCAAUACAUGAAGAUUUCUGCAGGUAAGACGUCUGAAAUGACAUCUGUGAAUGUGAGCAGUUAAUAAGACUGAUAAUGACUUAAAUAUACACAAUCUCUGUUUAUAUGAUAUAUAUAUACCUAUGAAUAUAAUGCAUGAAAGUAAUCUAAUGACUGCUGUAGAUGUAUAACAGGAGAGAGUGUUUUCUGAAGUCUGGUCUCGCUCUG